UAGUUAUUGGUACUACAGUUAUGCCGGGAUGUUUUUGAGGUUGCGCAGAUUAUCAGUGUUUUAGGCAGCAUGAAGAAAGAGCAGGUUGUAAACUGUCAGUUUUCUGUUUGGUAUCCUUUAUUCAAGAAACACACUAUUAAGAGCUUGAUUCUGCCUAUACCUCAAAAUGUAAUCGAUUAUUUAUUAGAUGACGGGACACUUGUGGUUUCUGGCAGUGAGCACAUCAAUUCGCAAACACAGAUCAAUAACAGUGACUCGGACGAGGAGGACGUUCAGUGGACUGAUGAUGAAACUACCACAGCUGUUACGGCCCCAGAAUUCCCAGAGUUCAACAUAAAGGUGCAAGAGGCAAUAAACGUUCUAGGUGGGUGCGUCUUCCCGAAACUGAACUGGAGCGCCCCUCGGGAUGCUAACUGGAUUGCUCUGAACAGUUCUUUACAGUGUCAGAGUCUAAGCGACAUCUUCCUCCUUUUCAAAAGUUCAGAUUUUAUAACGCAUGACCUCACACAGUCAUUCCUCCACUGUAGUGAUGAUUCUCCAGACCCAACCAUAAACUAUGAGUUGGUGUUGAGAAAAUGGAGCGAGCUUAUUCCAGGAGCAGAAUUCCGCUGCUUUGUGAAAGAAAACAAAGUAAUUGCAAUCAGUCAGAGAGAUUACACACAACAUUACCAGCACAUCGCCAAACAAGAGGCCAGCAUCUCCUCCUCUAUACUGGAAUUCUUCAGAGAUCACAUCCAAUACCAAUUCCCAGACGAGGACUUCGUCCUGGACGUUUACAGAGAUAGCUCAGGGCGUGUGUGGUUGAUUGACUUCAACCCGUUUGGUGAAGUCACAGACUCUUUGCUUUUCACGUGGGAGGAGCUAACAUUUGGCAAAUAUCUCACAGCCAGUCAAACGCAAGAAGACGCAACACCACAGGACGGACCUGCAUUCCGUUACACCACCAGUGAAGUCACGGUGCAGCCCAGCCCAUGUCUGUCCUACAGAAUCCCACGAGACUUCCUGGACCUGACCACAGGGGAAGAUGCCUAUAAGCUCAUUGAUUUUCUUAAGCUGGUGAGUGAGAUGGGGAUGAGAACAACAGAGACAAGGACCUCUGUAGAAAAAGCAGAAUGCAGUUGGUCAGCAGGAAGAGGAGGAGUCUGAUGAAGAAGGGGAGGAACCUUAGUAGGUUUACUUUAAAUCCUGCUUGAAUAGACCUGCCUGUAUUUUUCAAGUGAAUUGGAAGAUCUUGAUUGGCUACUUCAGGGUUCAAAUUAAAUUGAGGUACCAGACUUUGUAGAAAGCUCUCCUUGCUGUUUAUAAUGGGAUGUUUGAUUACCAAUAAAGCCCCCGUCAAAUGCUCAGCUAA